AUGUCGUUCUCAGGUGGUCAGCCCUCGAUGCUUCCGCUCUUGUACCAGCAGCACAACCACUAUGUUGCCGAACUCGGGCACACCCAUCAAGCGCUCAGCAAGCUCUACAAGAAGUUAGCCACAGUGGAGCGUGUGCUCGCCGAGCGUCAGGAACGAGAGCUAUCUCGGAGCGACAAGAAGAAGUGGCAGUACACCCGCUCGCUCGCGAAGAAAGCGGUGGGCAAUUUGGAAUCACAGCAAGCUAUGCUCCACGAUCACCUGCGACAAUGUAACAACCUCAUUGCAUCAUACGAACAAGGCGGCGAAUUCGACACUCCGGUGACCCCUUGGACAGCUCAGAUCCCACCAUCUCCAUUUCUGUACACACCAUUCAGUCCCGUGGGAGCUUCGCCCUGGACUUCUCACCAGCACCAACCCAGCACGAACAAUGGCACUGAGACAGCACCACAGUACUGGGACCUAUCGAUGCUGCGUGAACGACGUCUGUCCUCACCAUACGGCUCUACCGCCACUGCGGACAGCGGCUUUUACGAGUCUGUGGCCCACGGUCUGAACGUCAACGCGGAGCCUUUCAACCACAUGAACCAUGUGUACGCCCAUGAGCUCGUGUCGCCAGUGUUCUACAGUCCUUUUGCUGGGUCAUUCGGCACGCACGAGAGCAGUCUGUCUCCAACACGACGCGAAAGAAGCGAUGUGUUGCCCGAGCUGCUGAUGCCCACUUCUCCGGUCAAAGUCGGCGCCCAGAGCUCGCACAAACGAUGUUACUCAGUAAAUGCCGUCCAGCUUAUCGAAAGCCGCCUGGCAGCGCCGAAUGCAAAGCCUCAGAGAGGCAUGAGUGUUGGGGGUAUAUCCGGAAAGAGAAACGAACCAGACAAUGGGCUUGAUGAGAACACGCAAGGAGGUGGAAUGUCUUCCAUUAUUGCCCCAGAGACAGAGACAACAGCCUAA